AUGGUCAGGUUCCUACACCGAAGAUGUCAACAAUCAAAGUGGUUGGAACCCGCCCAGGAUGAGUUCGGUGUGAUCGAGAACGAAAGCUCCAACCUGGGUGUAUUACUGCGACGGCCUGAUGGCCUGUACACAGCUGAGCCAAUGUUCUUGAACCAAGACAUUGCUGUGGCCGUCGAAAAGUUAGGUGUCACUGUUGCUUUCACCAUGAGCUCGGAGAUCACCCAAGCUCUGCUGCAACAGGUCACGCCUUUCCAAACGGAGCUCUCCUUGGACCCCCGUGGAUUCGUGCUCCCAAUCGUCAACUCCAUCAAGGACAUCGCAACUGGCAAGGCCGUCAUCACCCGGGAAGCCUAUGUCGUCCUAUGCCGACAAGAGAGAAUCGUCCUUGUUUGGGGGGACACGGUCCCUGGUAUCCUCGCCCACGGAACAGACAUUGAGACAAGGCUACUUGGUCUCGUCUGGGGACAAGCCAUCCCCGCCACUCCAGGAGCCAUUUCGCCAUAUCGACAAUCGACGACGGCCAGCACACCAGCGGUGCGCAGUACUCGUGCGACAAUGUACCCCAUCUCAGCCCACCAAAGCACAGGCCAACUGAACGCCGAGAUGAGCGAGAAGAUCGGUGCGAUCGACCGUGCGAUCGAAGUUGAGGAGAUGGGUGAAAAGAUCUUCGACCCGGAAAGAGACGGCCAGGAGGUCCCAGAGCGACCUUUCCUGUUGUCGCACGCCCUCUUGGUGGGCCUUGCCAUGAUUCUCGUCGUGGUUGUCGAAAUGGCGUGUCUCGCAAAGCUCAUUACGGAGUACCGUCUCGAUGGAAAGACGAUGCGCUUUGCUUUGGUUGCGACGAUCCCGCUGUUUGCCAUGUUCUCCUUGUUCUUCAUGAUCGUCAUCACUGGUUCCCUCUUCCAGCUUUUCGGCCCCCUCUCCGGUGUGCAUGGAAACAGCUUGUACUAUUCCGGCAAGGCACCCAAGCCAGGACGUCAUGCUAAUGUCGAGCUUCCCCAUGUGACCAUCCAGAUGCCCGUUUACAAGGAAGGUCUUAAAGGUGUCAUCAUUCCCACUGUUACCAGUCUGCUCGAUGCCGUGAAGUUCUACGAGGAGCAGGGUGGAACAGCCUCCAUCUUUGUCAACGAUGACGGUAUGCGUCUUGUCCAGGAAGAUAUGCAAGAGGCUCGCAAGGCCUUUUACGAACUCAACCACAUCGGAUGGUGCUCGCGUCCCGCCCAGAACAGCGAUAAGGAUAGCCCGGAUUUCUUCCUACGAAAGGGUCAGUUCAAGAAGGCCUCCAACAUGAACUACUGCAUGGACUUCUCUAUUCGUGUUGAGGACGAGUGGCAACGACUGGUCGACGAGACUUGCAACCAGCGCAGCUGCGCCCAGGACGAUCUCUCUAUCCAGGAAGAGGAGGAUAUCUACGAUCAAGCCCGUGACGCAAUGGUCGAGAAAGACGGUGGCAAGACCUGGGCUGCUGGCAACGUUCGCAUUGGUGAGGUCAUUCUGAUUAUCGAUUCCGACACUCGUGUUCCCGAAGACUGCCUCCUGUAUGGUGCUCUUGAGAUGAUUGAGAGCCCUGAAGUUGCCCUCCUCCAACACGCCUCCGGUAUCCUUCAAGUCGUCAACAACGUGUUCGAAAACGGUAUCACCUACUUCACCAACCUGAUUUACACGUCCAUCCAGUUUGCGGUUGGUAACGGUGACUGCGCUCCCUUCGUCGGCCACAACACCUUCAUCCGAUGGGCUGCUAUCCAGAGCAUCGCCUUCGAGGAGGACGGCCACACCAAGUUCUGGUCUGAAGAUCACGUGUCUGAAGAUUUCGACGUCAGUCUGCGUCUCCAAAUGAACGACUUCGUUGUCCGUCUAGCUACCUACCACAACGGCGGAUUCAAGGAGGGUGUGUCUCUCACCGUUUAUGACGAGCUUGCCCGUUGGGAGAAAUACGCGUACGGCUGCAACGAGUUGGUGUUCAACCCUCUUUACAUGUGGAUCUACCGGGGACCCUUCACCCGUCUUUUCAUGCGCUUCAUCUUCAGCAAGAUCAAAGUCACCUCGAAGAUCACCAUCCUCGCUUACAUCGGCACCUAUUACGCCAUCGCCUCCGCGAUUCCUCUGACACUUGCCAACUACCUCAUCGUCGGAUGGUUCAGCGAUAACGUCGACCAGUUCUACAUCACCUCGUGGAAGAUCUUCGUCGGCAUGGCCGUCAUCUUCAACGUGCUCUCGCCGCUCGCCUACGCCAUGUUGCGACAUCGUCUCGGGCAAGCCACCUUCUUCAAGUCGUGCCUGGAGACGGCCAAGUGGACGCCCAUGUUCCUGCUCUUCUUCGGCGGCAUCUCGUACCACCUGCUGAAAGCCAUCAUCUGCCACUUCUUCAGCAUCAAGAUGGAGUGGACGACGACGGCCAAGGAGCUGUCCGAGUCGGGCUUCCGCGUCGGCCUCGACCGCAUCGUGCGCGACUUCAAGUUCAUGUACUUGUUCAUCACGCCCAUUGUCGGCGGCAUGAUCUACCUCGCCAUCUACGCGCCCCGCGGGUGGCUGAUUUCCGAUUUCGCCGCCAUCGUGCCGCUGGCCAAUCAGAUCGGGUGCCAUGCCCUUCUUCCCUUCGCUCUCGGUCUCUUCUAA